CCACCCACCUCAACCAUUACCAUUCGCCCCCCAAACAAAUUCAACACACCCGCCAUUUCUCUCUCCCUUAUCUUCCACACAAUGGCUGCCCCCAAAUUUUCCCUCGCUCUCCUCUGUUUCACUUCAUUGCUACCAUUUUUCACUUCGGUGAACGCAAAGAUCCCCGGCGUUUACUCUACCGGCUCUUGGGAAACUGCCCACGCCACCUUUUACGGCGGCAGUGAUGCUUCCGGCACAAUGGGUAUUUCACAAAUUACACUCCCAAGUCCCCCAUCAAAAUCUCACAUUUUCAUGACCCUCCAUUUGAUUGUUUUUUUCUUUUGUUGUUUUUUAGGUGGUGCAUGUGGGUACGGAAAUCUGUACAGCCAAGGCUACGGUGUCAACACGGCGGCUUUGAGCACUGCGCUUUUCAACAAUGGCCUUAGUUGUGGUGCUUGUUUUGAGAUCAAAUGUGCUAGUGACCCAAGGUGGUGUCACCCUGGUAGCCCUUCUAUUUUCGUCACUGCCACUAACUUUUGCCCUCCGAACUUUGCUCUUCCAAGUGACAAUGGCGGUUGGUGUAACCCUCCCCGUCCUCAUUUUGAUCUUGCCAUGCCUAUGUUCCUUAAAAUUGCUGAGUACCGUGCUGGUAUUGUCCCAGUCUCCUUUCGUAGAGUGCCGUGCCGAAAGCACGGGGGAAUAAGAUUCACGGUCAACGGAUUCCGUUACUUCAACUUGGUUUUAAUCACCAACGUAGCCGGUGCAGGAGACCUCGUGAAGGUUAGUAUCAAAGGAACCAAAACCGGUUGGAUGAGCAUGAGCCGUAACUGGGGCCAAAACUGGCAAUCAAACGCCGUGCUGAUCGGUCAGGCACUCUCUUUUAGAGUCACCGGCAGUGACAAACGCACUUCCACUUCAUGGAAUGUGGCACCACCUAAUUGGCAGUUCGGCCAAACCUUCACCGGCAAGAAUUUCCGUAUUUGAAAAAAAAAAAACACAAGACAAGCCGUUUGAAAUCAAACUUUUUUGUUCUUGGUUUCCCGCCUUCAAUUUUCCUUUAUUUUCCCGGAAAAUCUGAAGUGGGGUAAAAGAAAGUGUUAUUAUUAGGAUUUAGGGAAAGGAAACCUAAAAGCUUAGGUUAUAAGUUUGUAAACUACGUGUGUGGCGUUAACUUUUUUUUACUGUUGUUUUUAUUUGUGAAUGAGCUGGUGGUAAUAGUAAAAAAAAUUCCAGCGAAUGGUAAAAAAGCAAAGGUGUCGUGUUUAGGGCUGAAGUGGCUGCAGAUUAAAGAAAGCACGUAGUACUAGUGGCCCGCAGCUCUUUUAUUCUGUGUUUUUCAUUCAUAGUAAUAUCGACGCUACUUUUUAUUAUAUAAAUGUACUUAUAAGUGUUAUGAGA